UAAAAUAAAGCGCAAGUCCCUUUGCCAAAACACACUCGCGCAUUUCAGAAAACUGAAAAAAAAAAACUCAAGCAAUAAUCUUAGAUCAAAAGGCUCACAACCAUGGAGAAGGUAGAGUUUGAGAACAAGAAUCAAGACCUAAAGCACCUAUCCUUCGUGAGGGUGGCUGCGAUCCACGCGCUGGUUUGCCUGUCGAACCUUUACGAGUACGCCAAACAGAACUCCGGGCCAUUGAAAUCCACGGUUGGGACCGUCGAGGGCGCCGUUACUACCGUCGUGGUUCCCGUCUACGAGAAAUUUAAGGACGUUCCCGAUCAUCUUCUUGGCUUUCUUGAUAAGAAGGUAGAUGAGGCUUCACACAAAUUUGAUGAGCAUGGACCAGCAGCAGCUAAGCAAGUGGUUAGCCAAGCCCAAGAUUUGGUUCACAAGGCAGCACAAAAGGCUCAGAAAUUAGUUGGUGAGGCUCGAACCAACGGAGCGCGAGGAGCUUUGCACUACGCCGCAGCUGAGUUGAAGCAGUUUGUUCUGGCGACCUCAACCAAGUUAUGGGUUAAAUUGAAUAAUAAUUCAGCUUUCCACUCGGUGGCCGAGAAAGUUAUUCCCACAGCUACAAAUUUGUCGGAGAAGUACAACCACGUAGUUAAGGACAACAGUGGGAAAGGUAAUUCUGUGGUUGACUAUCCGCCUUUGAUACCUGUUGAUGAGCCAGAUUCAGAUUAGGGAUGGUUGUCUCUAGUCUGGAGAAAUCUAGAAGUGGUUGGUGGGUGUUAUUGUGGUGUGGGGUAAUGUGGAUAGUGUGAUAGUUUGCCAUUGUAAAUUUGGGCUUUGGUUUUAUUUCUUUGAAAGGUGAGAAUCAAUGUGAAUUUUGUCCUUUUUGGUGCUUUGUCUACUUAUAAAUGAUGUCAUUUUUUGUCCCUAAUCAUAUCAUCCAGCC